CAUUACCCGCGUGGUUUAUCUUCUCUUGACUCGCUCGCGGGACCGAGACGCCCGCAGCUGAGCUCGCGCUGUAAUCUGUGACAGCUGGAAAUGGACAGCAGCGACGGAGGAGCCGCGAAACCGUCUUACACAGAUAUGAAACGUCCCAAGAGCCCUGACUGGCUGGACAGCAAGAGUCAGGAGGGGCAGGAGGAGGAAGAAGAAGAAGAGGAGGAUGAAGAUGAGGAGAGGAAGGCGGGGGGAGGACACAGGGCCAAACGGGAGCGACGUCAGAGCAGCGGCAGCGCCACCAUGUGCCAGGUGUGCAACAUACAGCUCAACUCCAGCGCCCAGGCCCAGAUCCACUACAGAGGGAAGACGCACCAGAGGAGGCUGCGGCGACUUGCGAAGGCUGUGAGCGCAGGUGCACUGUCCCAGAGUCAAGUCCACCCACUCCUGGGAUCCCUGCCUCUGCAGGGUCGACCCCUGCAGCCGCAGACUCACGCCCAGCUGGAGCACUUCCUGCCGCUCAGGGUCAACGGCACCUCACCGCUCAGCCUCUUUCCCAACUUCAACACGAUGGACCCGGUGCAGAAGGCAGUGAUCAACCACACCUUUGGAGUGGCCCCACCCAAGAAGAAACCCAUCAUCUCCUGUAACAUCUGUCACCUGCGCUUCAACUCCACUACCCAGGCGGAGGCCCACUACAAAGGUCACAAACAUGCUCGCAAGCUAAAGGCCUUGGAGACCCAGAGGAACCGGCAGAAGAACGGACACAACACAUCCACAACAGGAAAAGACAGAGACAGAGAGAGGGGGAUGAUGGGAGGGGCGGUGCCAACAGACUCACUUCUAAAAGACAAAAAAGGCCCAAGCUCCUCCUCUCAGCCUGCACAGCAGCAAACUGAAAGCACCCAGGGGAGUUCACUGGCAGCCACUCCAUCCUCACUGCCUUCAUCCACGGACUCCUCCUCGCUCCACUCUCCUCAGCUGUCCCCACAAGUCUCCCCUGGCUCUCAGCUUUCUGAUCUAGCCUCAGACAGUCCACCUGUGGAAGGAUGCAGCCCAGCCACCGGCACAGCCCCGCGCUCAGACCCUCAGGGAAGCUCCGCCGGAGGUGAGGAGGAGGUGGUGGGAUUGGAUGAGGCUAAGGAGGCCAAGAGCAACAAAAAACAUCUCCACUGUCUUAUGUGCAAAGUUACGGCCAAUUCCAGCUCCCAGUUGGAGGCCCAUUGUAGUGGCUCUAAGCACAAACAGAUGCUGGACGGUCACAACAGCAGCCAGUCACAGCGCAGGGUCAAGAUGACAUCAUCACCCAGACCCACCAGCCGAAUUAAGCAGCGACUGGGCAGCAAGACCAGAGCGGUUGUCGGUGUUUCCAGCCAGCCCUUUCAAUGUGAACUGUGCCAGGUGUCCGUCAACUCAGAGACACAGCUGAAGCAGCACAUGAACAGCAGGAGACACAAAGAGCGUCUGGCUGGGAAGCCUGUCAAGGCAAAGUUCACUCCCUAUAAUAAACUACAGCCCAGCGCUGUCUUAGCAACUAAACUGGCCCUACAGAAGCAGCUGUCCAAGGCCCUGCCGGCAGGUUUCCUGACCAACCCCCUCAAUCCAGCUGCCUUGUGCACCAUGGCAUCCGGGCCCCUGGCACUGCGGCUGCCGCCAGGUCCCACAGCCAUCAUCCAGGGUCCGCUGAUCAGCCCCACGCUUUUCAGGCCCGCCCCAGGACCUUUGAGGGCCACACAUGCGCCCAUUAUCUUCUCUCCUUACUAGCAAUGAGCUGCCAACCUAGGCUGGAGGACCUACAAGCAGAGUGGACAUAACCCCGGCCAAACACUGGACAAAGCAGGGGGAUCCCCUAAGUGACAACAGGACACUAUGCAGUGGCUGCGUAUAUCAGCACGUCAAGUUUGGCAGGUUCAAGUCAUGAGAACAGUAUGCGCAAUCCCCUGGUGCGGAUUGAGAUAUCAGCACUGACUGACCAGUGUCUCGCCCCCUUAAAAAUGGAAGGACCAUCACUCAGCUGUUUCCUCUCAACCAACUGUUGAGUGCAUGUUCCCCCGGGGUCAGGACCCCUCUGGAAGCCAUAACGACAAGCAACUUUUAGUUUUAUUUAUAAGACUAUAAUAGACCAAUACACUAGGAUGUGUAAAUGUUACUAAGUGUUUGUUGCCAAAAGUCUUUCAUUUUGAGAGCUUUCUUUCGUAGUUGUACUCUGGGAGAUCAAGUACAAGUAAUGCUUCAUCCCUGCUUUCGUUUCCAAAUCUAAAUGGAAAAAAUCCAGAUUGUGUUAAUCUCCUGUGAAACUCACUCCUUAUAUAUAACCCCCUCCACCUGUGAAAGGAGAUCCAUAACUUUGGCUUGCUGAUGUAUUUGCAUCUCAACAAAUUUACGUCUUUAUUGCCACAGGCUGAUGUGGACGCCUUUUUGUUAUAAUUAAUUUUAGAUAAAUACAUACAUUAACUUUUCUCUCUUGCUCUCUUACGUGGUGACAAUCAACCACCACCAUGAUGAUAAUGCCAAGAAUACUCUCCUUUAUGGGGACAAAUCACAUGUAAUGUAUACAAUGAGAUGGUUUAAUUUAAAGUUAUAAAGUUUAAAAACUGUAUUUGUUCAACAUGAGCCAUUAUAAAAAGCUCUUCAGGUGAUGGUUAGAUAGAUAAGUUAGUUAUUUUGCAACAGCUUGAUGCUGUUUGUGCAAUAUAAAGAGACAGGCUGAUGUGUGCUGUUGUCCAAAAUCUAAAAAAACGUGAUCGCAUUUUCAAAUGUGUCUUUCACAAUAUUAAAUAUGUUUCUUUUUUAUAAAGUUGUAUUAACAACUGUUUUUUCAUUUUAGAAAUCUCUCUCCCACCUGAUUGUGCUGAAUCAUCCUAAGCAAUAUGUAUUUUUGAAGUGUCACAUGGUAAAAUUAAUGACUAGUGUAACUGUGCAUCAAUUGCAAUAAUGUAAAUUAUUAUGUGCUAAAAUGUCAAUACUGUAUUCUAUAUGAACUUAUAAAUAGUACUGUUUUUA